GUCAGACAGAAUGAAGUUUUAUAAGGUGCUAUAGCGUGAACUCAGUAGAUCAUCGUCACCUCAGCGAUAAGUUAAGUACACUUGCGUGUUAAACGCACAUAACAAUCAUUAUAACAUCUAGGUAACUCCUGCACGCAUGUCUGACACGAGCAAAGUCUUCCCAACUGGUUAAUGUCAGGAGCUUGGGCGGAUACCUAACCAUUUCUGAUAACUGUAGUGUUGAUCUCAAACGCAGUGCGAGAAUGACAAUCUACAAGGAACGAUUCUGGCAAGUGAUCCAGAUUUGAGUUUUGCUAUUGAUAGAAAACAACCUAAGUAAGCAAUGUCGGUACAACCCUUGUGCGCGAAGCUUUAAAGGAUGGUACAGUGCGCUGCAAUGGCGGCCUUAAAGCAAUCGAGGGAGGUGCGGACUGGCGAUGAUCCUGUCGUGCGCGGGAUGCGACAAACCAAUACUGGACAAGUUUCUCCUGAAUGUAUUGGACCGUGCCUGGCAUGCAGAUUGCGUAAGGUGUUUUGACUGCAGGAUCGCACUUCAGGACAAAUGUUUCUCGAGGGAAGCAAAGCUCUUUUGCAGAAACGACUUUUUCAGACGAUACGGCACAAAGUGCGGUGGCUGUAUGCAAGGCAUCAGUCCGUCGGAUCUGGUCAGGAAGGCUCGCGACAAGGUUUUCCAUCUGAAUUGCUUCACCUGCUUGGUAUGUCGGAAGCAGCUGAGCACCGGCGAAGAACUCUACGUCCUGGACGACAACAAGUUCGUCUGCAAGGAGGAUUACCUUUCGGGCAAGCCAUUGCCGCACAAUCAUCACAGCCACGGUCAUCACGGAGGAGACUCCUUGAUGGGUUCGGGAUCAGAGGACGAAGAUGAGGACGGUAGUACACAUCAUCAUCACCACAGUGGAGUUGGGGGUCCCCAUUUAGGACCCCAUAAUUUAGGUCCCGGUAGCGCUGGUGAUCAGGGUGUGGGCCAUGCCGGCGAUCUACCCCUUGGAAGCGACCCCUGCAAGCAAGAGGACUCCGAGGAUCAAGGGUCCUUGGAUGGCGAUCCUGAGACUCGUGACAGUCAAACGGAAAACAAGAGUCCCGACGGUGGCGCCGGUGGCGGAAGUGGCGACGGUGGCGCCGGGUCCAAGAGAAGAGGUCCCAGGACGACGAUCAAGGCGAAACAGCUGGAGAUCUUGAAGACGGCCUUUUCGAACACCCCAAAGCCAACGCGGCACAUCAGAGAACAACUGGCGAAAGAGACGGGUCUGCCGAUGCGAGUGAUACAGGUGUGGUUUCAAAAUAAGAGGAGUAAAGAGAGAAGGCUAAAGCAAUUGACGUCGCUGGGCAGAAGUCCAUUCUUCGGUGGUUCUCGGAAGAUGCGUGGAUUUCCUCUUAAUUUGAAUCCUGGUGCCCUGGGAGGUGAGGAUGGUCCACAUCCGGGCUUUCCUUAUUAUCCAGAAAAGUUCGAGUUUGGUUAUGGAGGUCCUGUCACGUUUCACCAUGAGUUCUUGAUGGGCGGGCAUCCGCCGCCGCAUCCUCAUGGACCGCCGUUCGGUGGUCCAGGAAAUCCUGAAGUUCCUUAUCUCUUACCAACAGGAUUGGAUCCAGCUAGUUUAGUUGGGAUGGCAGCAGCAGCAGCGGUAGCUGGGGAGUACCCACCCCCAGGUGCGGGUGGUGGUCCACCGGAUUUCCUUACUGGUCCCCCGGGUCAGGGUCCACAACCACCUUCCGGUGGUAGUCCCGGCGAGUUCCUAGCGCCUUCAGGUGGCGGACAGGGUAAUCCAAGCGGGGGUGGCAAUGGCGGCGGUCCAGGAGGCGGAGGCGGUGGUGGUGGUUUUCAAGAGCCGCACCAGAUGCAAAGCGAAGGCCUCGUCUGGUAGAACGAGUUUAUGUUUAAUUAAUUUCACCGCAACGAUCCGCGACUUGAUGAAUUGCGUGAAAAGUUACGGGCUCUACUCCCACCCCCCCUCCUGAUUUUCCCCAAACUCUUCUUACACUUGUCCUCUUUUAAAGCUCGUAUAACCCUUCGCCAUAACCUUUGAACCCCAAGAGAACGACUUCCUAUCCCCCUGACGGUGCCCGAUCUAGCCAUUUAAAUAGCCCCUGAGACCUCUUGGCAAAAAUCUGCUGGCUCAGCAGAAAAAAUUCCUCUUUUUUUUGUUUUUGUAAGAUACCGAUUAUUAUUCUAUUAAUAUUAUUAUUAAUAUUAUAUAUUAUUAUUGUAUAAUUAUUAAUUAUUAUUAUUGUGUAUAAAACUGACAAACCCUAUCGUGUAAUAUGUAUCCUGACCCCUCUAUUAAUUCCCCUUCCUCUACGAUCCACUUUCCCCUUUCCUUCGCCAAAUCCCAUAUCGCAGUCCUUUCUUCCCUGUUAAUUAAUUUGGAUAAUGCUAAUUUACAUGUGAGAGAAAAGAUGCAAAAAUUCCCUGUAGAUAUUGGCUAUGUUAUACUUGUCGACACAAUAGCGUUGAUUAUGCACUAUGAGACAAUGUGCGGAUGAUACUGUAUCUCCGUAUUGGGACUGAAAGACGUGACGCGACGGACGGACAGACGAACGUAUCGACGCCAGACGUCGGGAUGAUGCACAAAACACUACGCGCGUGUACAGGCCGAGUACACGGUGAACAAUGUGAAAGAAAUACACGUAAAGCCUGUAUUGAUUAUCAUUAAAUAUAAAUAGGAUAUGUAACGAGUAUCUGUUAAGGCGGCAAUCGAUGUAAAUACAGUUACGGAAACGUAACGCGAUAUAAGAACGAGGAAGACGGUGGAGAGAAACACGAGAGAGAGAGAUUGAUAUGCUAAAAAUAAUGUAUACAACAAGAAGACAAGACACACCGCCAUGAUUCAUAUAAUAAUUAUAAAUAUUAUUAUAAUAAACCACCUCGUAUUUCCGUAACGACACAGAGUACUUUUAUUGAUUUGCACAGUAAUGAAGAUCCCAUCC